AUGGAGCAAGAACUGUCAUCAUCAUCAUCUUCUUCUUCUUCUACAAUGUCGGAAAAGUCAGCUCACAGGAACAAGAGAGGAGGAAUUCCCUACACGUCUUUGGGCUGCGCCACCUGCAAGAAGCGCAAAAUCAAGUGCGAUCUUGGUAAACCGGAAUGCGCCAGGUGCACAAAGAAGGGCACGCCCUGCCCAGGGUACGAGAAGAAUCGAAACUUUCUCCACCACAUGGUAGUUUCUCGAUGCGCAUCCAACGGUGAGACCAGGAAGCGACCUGUGCGCCAGCUUGUCGGGUAUCUCAAGCCUCUUGCACUGCCGACCGGGUUCAACAUGAACGCUGAGGUUCGUACGCAGCUUUUUUCAACGUUUAUGGACACUUUCUUCGCGCCGGAUACUUCCUCUCUGAGCGGCGACGACGAUACCUGGUACCUGCUGAUGACUCGGUUCCCGGCCCUGGCUAGCGAAUCGGACCUGCUGGAUCGAGCUGUCAUUGCGCUGGUGUCUCUUUUUCUGGGGAAGAAGACAGGCGAUGUUCGGUUGGGGCGGCAUGGCACGGAGAUCUAUAGCAGUGCACUCAACGUGAUGGCCCGCAUGUUGCAACGAGGUUGUCCACCAACACUAGACAUGCUCUAUGUAGGCAUUGUCUUUCAUACGUACGAGACCCUGAGCAGCAAUGGGAAUACAUUCCGAAACUGUUUAACCCAUAUUCAAGGAGCAACAGCUAUACUAAAGCAUUACGACUAUAAUACGCACGAGGACAAAGUCCUCAUCAAGGCGAUAUUGAACCGGCAGAAGUGGGCAGUGGCCUGCUUCCUCACCAGUACACAGUACGGACCCGAAGUGGACUGGGAAUGCCUUACUCUACGAUUUGAAGAGGACCCCAUGGACCAACUCUUCGAAGUGAUUGCCGAGUGCGCGAUUCUGCAGAGGGACUUGAACAGCAUUGUCAAACUACAAACGCCGCUUAAUAUGGAAGAAGACCCAUGCGAGGCGCUUUUGCAGCGCUGCUACAAGCUCGAGAAAAAACUGCAGAUAGACUGGCUCAAUGGGCCAGCAGCGCACAAGCUCAGCGGACGUCCUUCUCCCUGUCGCCGGGAUAGAUUAUCAUACGAGCCCAGCGCAUUGCCGCUGGACUCGGACGUUGAUCCGUACGAAUUCGAAAACCUGGGCACCGCAAAGGCUUAUAUACUUUUCUGGAUCGCCUCGGCCGUGACGCGCCGGGUGAUUCAUCGAUGCGAGAAGCUUCUUCUCUCGAGAGAACCGAAUCCGACGCGUAUGCUGUUUUAUGCGGGCGAGAUCUGCCGCUCGAUGGCUUAUUGCUUGCAACCCUCGACUCGUAUGUCGACAGGGCAUACCGUUAUGUUUUCCAUCGCGCAGGCGUCUAAAUGCUAUGUCGAUUGCGGGGAUAAGGAAAGCUUUAUGUGGUGUCAGGGGAUAUAUCCAUUGAUCAGCUCGCGUGGGUUCGAUAUAGCCCGUCACAUGAGUCGGGCAGAGUGGAAGUUUUGGAAUGCUUUUCAGAACCAGCUGAUGCCCGUCUCGAGGUUGCCGUUGGAACCUGCAGACGAGGAGUACAUAGAUGCUAAUUAUGAUAUAUGA